CAUCCAAAGUCAACUGGAAAUCGGCAAACCUAAAAUCGCGCUAUAUCCAUUAACCACAAAUUGAUAUUGUAUGCAAGUGCAUCAUCAGCAUCGUAAUCAAAUUCAAGCAGUUGCCGUAUCUCAGAGGCGGGUCCAAAGUAUCGUCGAGAACGUUGUAGAACCGAUUCCUUCGUCAAUAAGCGGCGCAUUUGAACGCCUGCCAAUAAACAUGGCUGCCGUAUAACCACACACGGCGAACGCAACCACACAAAGUCGGGGCUUUGCGAUUAGACAAGCAGAUUUCGGGGAGUCCAAGGAGACAGAGUCCCCAGCAGUAAGGAAUCCCAUUUUCCUUUUCCCGGAAAACCAACGCAGGCAAACCAAAGAUGAACAGCUUGGCGCGCGUCUUCAGCAAUUUCCGUGACUUCUACAACGAGAUUAAUGCGGCCACCCUCACGGGAGCCAUCGAUGUGAUCGUGGUGGAGCAGCCGGAUGGCGAGUUCCAGUGCUCACCCUUCCACGUCCGCUUCGGCAAGCUCGGAGUGCUCAGGAGUCGCGAGAAGGUGGUGGACAUUGAGAUCAAUGGCGCCCCCGUGGACAUACAGAUGAAGCUGGGCGACUCCGGCGAGGCCUUCUUCGUGGAGGAGUACCUGGAGGAUGAGGACGAGGACCUGCCGGCCAACCUGGCCACCUCGCCCAUUCCCAACAGCUUCCUGCAGUCGCGGGACAAGGCCAACGAUACCAUGGAGGACAUCAGUGGAGUGGCGAUCGACAAAAACGCUAGCGAGGAUCUGCUCCUGCCAUUGCCUAUUCCGCGACGCAACUCCAUUGACUUCUCCAAGGAGGAGCCCAAGGAAGCCGCCGUCGAGGGCGGCAAGUUCGAGAACCAGGACUCGGACUACACGCAGCGCAGAUACACGGACAACACGCUGGAGCGUCGCAAUCUGAACCAGAAGCUCAAGGAGUUCACCACCCAGAAGAUUCGCCAGGAGUGGGCCGAGCACGUGGAGCUCUUCCAGGGCGAGAAGAAGUCGACGGAGUCGGAAAUGGAGAGCCAGAGCAAAACGUCCAACGAGACGGAGACGGAGAAGGAGGCGCAGAAGUUGGAGGAUGAGAAUGAGAAGGAGAAGGAGAAGGACAAAGAGGAGAAGCAGCCCAAGCGGGAUGUCACACUCACUCCGCUGACCACCGGCGAAGCCACCAAGGAGGUGUCCAAGAACAAGACCAAGAAGCGUCGCAAGAAGUCCCAGAUGAAGAAGAAUGUCCAGCGGAAGACCUCAUCGAGCAGUUCGGUCGGCAGUGCCGCCGGUGGGGACUUGCCCUCGGCGGAGACUGCUUCCUUGGGGGUGACCAACAUCGAUGAGGGUGACGCCCCCGUGUCCAGUGCCACCGCCACCGUCAACAACAACAACAACAACCACUCUUCGUCGAAUGACGAGCAGCCGUCGGCUCCCCUGGUCACCGCCCGAACGGGCGAGGAUAGCCCACUGAGCGAGGUGCCCCACACGCCGACGAGCAACGCGCGCCUGGACUUGGAGAUCCACUUCUUCAGCGACACGGAGAUCGCCACUCCAGUGGGCGGCGGAGCAGGUGGAUCGGCUCGGGCCGCCGGCGGGCGUCCAUCCACGCCCAUCCAGAGCGACAGCGAGCUGGAGACGACGAUGCGGGACAAGCGCCAUGUGCGGGAUCCCGAGCCGGCCGCCUCGUGGAAGUGGGGCGAGCUGCCCACGCCGGAGCAGGCCAAAACGGAGGCCAUGAGCGCCGCCCAAGUGCAGCAGAGCGAGCACCAGUCGAUGCUGAGCAACAUGUUCAGCUUCAUGAAGCGGGCCAAUCGGCUGCGCAAGGAGAAGGGCGUCGGCGAGGUGGGGGACAUCUACCUGUCCGAUCUGGACGCCGGCAGCAUGGAUCCCGAAAUGGCCGCUCUCUACUUCCCCACGCCCAAGUCCAAGGAGACCUUGCUGCCCGAAGAGGACGGCGAGAGUGGCAACGGCACCAGUCUGCCCCAUUCGCCCAGCUCGCUGGAGGAGGGUCAGAAGAGUCUCGACUCGGACUUUGACGAGACCAAACAGCAGCGGGACAACAGGUACUUGGACUUUGUGUCCAUGUCGAUGUGCGGGAUGUCGGAGCAGGGAACCCCGCCGUCGGACGAGGAGUUCGACCGCCACCUGGUCAACUAUCCAGACGUGUGCAAAAACCCGAGCAUUUUCUCAUCGCCUAAUCUAGUCGUACGGCUGAAUGGCAAAUACUACACCUGGAUGGCUGCAUGUCCCAUUGUCAUGACAAUGAUCACCUUCCAGAAGCCACUAACCCAUGAUGCCAUCGAGCAGCUGAUGUCGCAGACUGUGGAGGGCAAGAUCCUGUCUGCCGAUGAGAAGCAGGAGGCUGCCGCCCAGGCUGACAAUGCGGGACAGACCAAGCGCUAUUGGUGGAGCUGGCGGCGAUCACAGUACGCUGCGCCCAACCAAGUGGAACCCGGUCGGGACCUGCCCAUGGGCAAGGAUGAGAAAGAUGGCGAUCAGGCCGCGGUGGGCACGCAAACAUCAAGGCCCAAUUCCCCGGACAUCAGUGAUCCCACGCUGAGCAAGAGCGACUCAAUGGUGAAUGCAGAGAACACCUCGGCGCUGGUGGACAAUCUGGAGGAGCUGACCAUGGCCUCCAACAAGAGCGACGAGCCCAAGGAGCGCUACAAGAAGUCCCUGCGACUCAGCUCGGCGUCCAUCAAAAAACUAAACCUCAAGGAGGGCAUGAACGAGAUCGAGUUCAGCGUGACGACCGCGUACCAGGGAACGACGCGCUGCAAGUGCUACUUGUUCCGCUGGAAGCACAACGACAAGGUGGUCAUCUCGGACAUUGAUGGCACCAUCACCAAGUCGGACGUGCUGGGCCACAUCCUGCCGAUGGUGGGCAAGGAUUGGGCGCAACUCGGGGUCGCGCAGCUCUUCUCGAAGAUCGAGCAGAACGGCUACAAGCUGCUCUACCUGUCAGCCCGUGCCAUCGGCCAGAGUAGGGUGACACGCGAGUACCUCCGGUCGAUCCGGCAGGGCAACGUGAUGCUUCCGGACGGACCCCUCCUGCUAAAUCCCACGUCCCUCAUCUCCGCCUUCCACCGAGAGGUGAUCGAGAAGAAGCCGGAGCAGUUCAAGAUCGCCUGUCUGUCCGACAUCCGGGAUCUCUUCCCCGACAAGGAGCCCUUCUACGCCGGCUACGGCAAUCGCAUCAAUGACGUGUGGGCCUACCGAGCCGUGGGCAUUCCCAUCAUGCGCAUCUUCACGAUCAACACGAAGGGCGAGCUGAAGCACGAACUGACCCAAACAUUCCAGUCCUCAUACUGCAGCAUGACGUACAUUGUUGACCAACUGUUCCCGCCAGUGAAACACGACGAAGCCUCCGCCGAGUUCUCCAACUUCAACUACUGGCGCGACCCAAUCCCCGACCUGGAGAUCCCCGAGCUGGAAACGGCACUGGUGCCGCCGAGCAGCAAGGUGGACUUGACCACUCUGCGACCCAUUCCCGAGAAGUGAACUGGUUCCUUACUAUAACCAUAUUUAUACGGAUAUGCAACAUGCAAUAUAAGCAGAUAGCGCUUUUCAAUUUGUUUGCUUGGCUUCAAAUCCUCUAGAUGUGCUUACCAAAAAUGAAAUGAUAUCUACGUACAUAUAACUUCAAAUAAGCUUAGCCAGGAUUCACGAUUGCCUUGGUUUUAUAGUUCAUUUAUCAUCUGCCUUUAUUACCUUUCGAUCGUUUCUAUAUAGUUAAAUGGGGUGGACAUAAGUUGUAUACUAAAUUGAGUUAUUAUUAUUAUUAUUACAAUAGUUAGUUCCUUUGAGACUCCCGCAGGUUCUUAGAAGAUGCGUAUUCCAAACAGCGUAUGGGAGUUGUGAUUUUCGAUUUCAUUAUUUUUCGUAUGUGAUCAUUUAAAUUUAGUUCAUUGUGAUGAGGUUUUAUUUGGAGUUUUUAUGAAAACUGUGCUUAGACCUACCUACCAUAUGUAUACUUAACUGAUAGUGUUUCAAUAAAAAUAAAUGCUUCAGAUUCAAAGAAAGCCAAAAGAAA